AGGUCGGGUGGUGAUUGCAGGGUCAGUAAACAAUGAUUUCGAGCUCUUGAAAAAUUAACGGACCGACCGUCAGACGGGAUGGGGCCCACGGGCCGAGAGAGCGGGCGUGUGUGGCCCAUUAGCCGUGGGCGGGUCGGGGCGUUACAAAAUCUUCACAGAAUCUUUGACAGAUCUUCAUACUAGCUACAAACCUACAAUCUUAAAUCAGAAGAAACCUUCACGAGGGCUUUGGAGGUCAUUUUGUAUGUUCUGACACCACAAUAACAUCUAAUUUUUCACUGUUUUUAGCAUUUUCCUAGUAUCAAUAUCUUUUAUUGGUUUUCCGCAAAUUAUCCCUAAAAUUUAACCGAAUGAUUUCAUUAUAAAAUUUUGUUUCUUGGCUCAGUUUAGGUCUGUUUUUUUUGGUUCACCCCUAUACUCACUUAUGGUUUUAAUAUAAUUGUGGCAAUAACAACGGAAAAUAUGACUAUAUGAACUACUGUUCAGAGCAAACAUGAUGAAAAACCAAUCUGUCAGAAUCACGAGAAGUGGUUAUUAGGGGGCGAAAAGUAAUUGACAUACAAUGUAUUUAUCAACACUAUAAUUAGGGUUCGCUAUAUUUAGAUUUUUUAAAAAGUGUACCAAAAAAUCAAAAUUCACUUCCAACUAUUAAUAUUACAUGCCGCCUUUUACGCUCCACGUCUCAUUUCUGGAGUGAAAAUAGGGUCCAAAAAUGGUGAAAGAAGAGGUUGAGAGGGUGACAAACAACAGGAAAGAUAAUCAUAGACAUUAUAGAAGAAGAAAACGAAUCACGGAGAGAUGACGGUCAUUAAUAUUAUCUUCAGAGUCGAAGAAAUUUGCAAGAAGUACGACAAGUACGAUGUCGACAAGCAGCGCGAGCUCGGCGCGUCCGGCGACGAUGCCUUCUCCCGCCUCUUCAACUCCAUUGAUACCGAUAUUGAAUCGGUUGUACAUAAAGCGGAGUUGGCAUCAACAGAGACCAAUAGAGCUGCAGCUGUGGCCUUGAAUGCUGAGGUUCGAAGGACGAAAGCGCGUUUAGCUGAAGAUGUUGUUAAACUGCAGAAACUGGCCGUUAAAAAGGUGAAAGGGCUUACAAAAGAGGAACGAGAGUCCCGAUGUGAUCUAGUUAUCGCGCUAGCCGAUAGGAUUCAAGUGAUACCUGACGGACAUGAAAGACAAGCUAAUAGUGAAUGGGGAGGUGCUUCUGCCCCCAACAAGAACAUCAAGUUUGAUAUAUCUGAGGAAGACAUGGAUGAUGGGUUCUUCCAGCAAACUGAAGAAUCCAGCCAGUUUCGACAAGAAUAUGAAAUGAGAAGAAAGAAGCAGGACGAGGGCCUUGAUGUUAUAUCAGAAGGUUUGGACGCACUGAAGAACUUAGCACGUGACAUGAACGAGGAACUUGACAAGCAAGUCCCAUUGAUGGAUGAAAUGGAAACAAAGGUUGAUGGAGCAACUUCGGAUUUGAAGAACACCAAUGUUCGGCUCAAGCAACAGCUUGUAAAGAUGAGAUCGAGCCGCAACUUCUGCAUCGACAUUAUUCUUCUCUGUGUGGUCCUUGGAAUCAUCUCUUACAUCUAUAAUGCUCUGAACUAAAGUUGGUGACGGCAUCUACCGACAUUCUCAUUGCCAUUGUGAAGCCUCUGGUAACUUCUUAACCAAAGUAAUAAUAGUCAUUUCUUGGAGAGCAAGCAAACAAGAUUUUUUCACAAGCUUUUACCAUAUGUAUACAGUUUUAAGGAAUUAUUCUUGGCAAAAAAUAAAUAAAUAUAUAUUUACACAAGUUCGCUGUUGUAAUUGUGCUUGUUUUGUUGGGCGAUUUAUUUUUGUUGAAUCAGAAUGUUUUAGCUUUUCCAAGUGUCAUGAAUUUGUAAGAGCAUCUCCAACUCCUUGUUAUUUACACCAUUAUAAUAGCAUUUAAAUGUGAAAUUGCUUCAACCCACCUCUAUUUCUUCAUCUAUAAUAGAGAUCUCUAUUUUUUCCUCUAUUUAUAGAGGAAUAAAUAACAUUACUCUAUUCUUUAUUCUACAUUUAGAGAUUGUUAUUUUAGGAAAAUACAUUGGAGUAUAUAUAUCUCACCUCUAUUAUAGAGUUCCUCUAUUUAGAGGUGAAAAUGACAAAUUACAUUGUAGAUGGUCUAAGAGAAUGGAAGUAUACAUUUGUGGACAUUGCAUAGUGGAAAAGUUUUUUUUUUAUAGUUGAAAAGUUAUGACUGGAAAAUGAUUUUACCUACUUAUAGCUUUUUUGUUUGACCAAAAAAUUUAGAAUUUACUAAAACCUAAUGAUCUGGAAACCUUAUGAAACAUUUCUUAAUUUAAAUAUAAAAGUUUUGGAGAAACACAACUAAUUUUUUAUAGGAAAAAAACUAAAUUAAGUAAAAGCACAAAAAUAAAAGAGAGAUAAAGUAAAAAUUUGAAAUCUAAAUAAAAAUGAAUUACUAUUUUAAAGGAAUAAUUCAAAAAAAAAUUCCUAAUUUCAAAACACCAAAAUUUUCGAUAAUUAUGUAGUCUCUAUUCCUUUUCUAAAAAUUAAUAUGUAAGUUUUCCAAGUUAAUGAAAAGACACUGAAUAGUCCAGUCUUUGCAGAGAUGUCAAAGUAGUAGAGAUGUCACAGUAGUAGUCCAGUUCGGAGAUAUAGAAAUGCCCAUAAGAUUUACCAUUAGAGUAGUCCAUAUGGUAAAUGUGAUAGGAAGAGCGAAAAAGGUGGAAAAGUUUUUUAUUUUAUAGUUGAAAAGUUAUGACUGGAAAAUGAUUUUACCUACUUAUAGCUUUUUUGUUUGACCAAAUAUUUUAGAAUUUACUAAAACUAAUGACCUGGAAAUCUUAUGAAACAUUUCUUAAUUUAAAUAUAUAAGUUUUGGAGAAACACAACUAAUUUUUUAUAGAAAAAACUAAAUUAAGUAAAAUCACAAAAAUAAAAGAGAGAUAAAGUAAAAAUUUGAAAUCAAAAUAAAAAUGAAUUACUGUUUUAAAGGAAUAAUUCAAAAAAAAAAAUUCCUACAAAACACCAAAAUUUCCGAUAAUUAUGUAGUCUCUAUUCCUUUUCUAAAAAUUAAUAUGUAAGUUUUCCAAGUUAAUAAAAAAACACUAAAUAGUCCAGUCCUUCCAGAGAUGUCACAGUAGUAGUCCAGUUCGGAGAUAUAGAAAUGCCCAUAAGAUUUACCAUUAGAGUAGUCCAUAUGGUAAAUGUGAUAGGAAGAGCGAAAAAGGUGGAAAAGUUUUUUAUUUUAUAGUUGAAAAGUUAUGACUGGAAAAUGAUUUUACCUACUUAUAGCUUUUUUGUUUGACCAAAUAUUUUAGAAUUUACUAAAACUAAUGACCUGGAAAUCUUAUGAAACAUUUCUUAAUUUAAAUAUAUAAGUUUUGGAGAAACACAACUAAUUUUUUAUAGGAAAAAACCUAAAUUAAGUAAAAUCACAAAAAUAAAAGAGAGAUAAAGUAAAAAUUUGAAAUCAAAAUAAAAAUGAAUUACUGUUUUAAAGGAAUAAUUCAAAAAAAAAAAUUCCUAAUUUCAAAACACCAAAAUUUCCGAUAAUUAUGUAGUCUCUAUUCCUUUUCUAAAAAUUAAUAUGUAAGUUUUCCAAGUUAAUAAAAAGACACUAAAUAGUCCAGUCCUUGCAGAGAUGUCACAGUAGUAGUCCAGUUCGGAGAUUUAGAAAUGCCCAUAAGAUUUACCGUUAGAGUAGUCCAUAUGGUAAAUGUGAUAGGAAAAGCGAAAAAGGUGGAAAAGUUUUUUAUUUUAUAGUUGAAAAGUUAUGACUGGAAAAUGAUUUUACCUACUUAUAGUUUUUUUGUUUGACCAAAAAUUUUAGAAUUUACUAAAACCUAAUGAUCUGGCAAUCUUAUGAAACAUUUCUUAAUUUAAAUAUAUAAGUUUUGGAGAAACACAACUAAUUUUUUAUAGGAAAAAAAACUAAAUUAAGUAAAAUCACAAAAAUAAAAGAGAGAUAAAGUAAAAAAUUUGAAAUCAAAAUAAAAUUAAUUACUGUUUCAAAGGAAUAAUUCAAAAAAAAAAUUCCUAAUUUCAAAACACCAAAAUUUCCGAUAAUUAUGUAGUCUCUAUUCCUUUUCUAAAAAUUAAUAUGUAAGUUUUCCAAGUUAAUGAAAAGACACUGAAUAGUCCAGUCCUUGCAGAGAUGUCACAGUAGUAGUCCAGUUCGGAGAUAUAGAAAUGCCCAUAAGAUUUACCGUUAGAGUAGUUCAUAUGGUAAAUGUGAUAGGAAAAGCGAAAAAGGUGGAAAAGUUUUUUUUUUUUUUAUAGUUGAAAAGUUAUGACUGAAAAAUUAUUUUACCUACUUAUAGCUUUUUUGUUUGACCAAAAAAUUUAGAAUUUACUAAAACCUAAUGAUCUGGAAAUCUUAUGAAACAUUUCUUAAUUUAAAUAUAUAAGUUUUGGAGAAACACAACUAUUUUUUUAUAGGAAAAAAAAACUAAAUUAAGUAAAAUCACAGAAAUAAAAGAGAGAUAAAGUAAAAAUUUGAAAUCAAAAUAAAAAUGAAUUACAGCUUUAAAGGAAUAAUUCAAAAAUCAAAUUCCUAAUUUCAAAACACCAAAAUUUCCGAUAAUUAUGUAGUCUCUAUUCCUUUUCUAAAAAUUAAUAUGUAAGUUUUCCAAGUUAAUAAAAAGACACUGAAUAGUCCAGUCCUUGCAGAGAUGUCACAGUAGUAGUCCAGUUCGGAGAUAUAGAAAUGCCCAUAAAAUUUACCGUUAGAGUAGUCCAUAUGGUAAAUGUGAUAGGAAAAGCGAAAAAGGUGGAAAAGUUUUUUUUUUAUAGUUGAAAAGUUAUGACUGGAAAAUGAUUUUACCUACUUCUAGCUUUUUUGUUUGACCAAAAAAUUUAGAAUUUUCUAAAACCUAAUGAUCUGGAAAUCUUAUGAAACAUUUCUUAAUUUAAAUAUAUAAGUUUUGGAGAAACACAACUAUUUUUUUAUAGGAAAAAAAAAACUAAAUUAAGUAAAAUCACAGAAAUAAAAGAGAGAUAAAGUAAAAAUUUGAAAUCAAAAUAAAAAUGAAUUACUGCUUUAAAGGAAUAAUUCAAAAAAAAAAUUCCUAAUUUCAAAACACCAAAAUUUCCGAUAAUUAUGUAGUCUCUAUUCCUUUUCUAAAAAUUAAUAUGUAAGUUUUCCAAGUUAAUAAAAAGACACUAAAUAGUCCAGUCCUUGCAGAGAUGUCACAGUAGUAGUCCAGUUCGGAGAUUUAGAAAUGCCCAUAAGAUUUACCGUUAGAGUAGUCCAUAUGGUAAAUGUGAUAGGAAAAGCGAAAAAGGUGGAAAAGUUUUUUAUUUUAUAGUUGAAAAGUUAUGACUGGAAAAUGAUUUUACCUACUUAUAGUUUUUUUGUUUGACCAAAAAAUUUAGAAUUUACUAAAACCUAAUGAUCUGGCAAUCUUAUGAAACAUUUCUUAAGUUAAAUAUAUAAGUUUUGGAGAAACACAACUAAUUUUUUAUAGGAAAAAAAAAUUAAGUAAAAUCAAAAAAAUAAAAGAGAGAUAAAGUAAAAAUUUGAAAUCAAAAUAAAAUUAAUUACUGUUUCAAAGGAAUAAUUCAAAAAAAAAUUCCUAAUUUCAAAACACCAAAAUUUCCGAUAAUUAUGUAGUCUCUAUUCAUUUUCUAAAAAUUAAUAUGUAAGUUUUCCAAGUUAAUGAAAAGACACUGAAUAGUCCAGUCCUUGCAGAGAUGUCACAGUAGUAGUCCAGUUCGGAGAUAUAGAAAUGCCCAUAAGAUUUACCGUUAGAGUAGUCCAUAUGGUAAAUGUGAUAGGAAAAGCGAAAAAGGUGGAAAAGUUUUUUAUUUUAUAGUUGAAAAGUUAUGACUGGAAAAUGAUUUUACCUACUUAUAGUUUUUUUGUUUGACCAAAAAUUUUAGAAUUUACUAAAACCUAAUGAUCUGGCAAUCUUAUGAAACAUUUCUUAAUUUAAAUAUAUAAGUUUUGGAGAAACACAACUAAUUUUUUAUAGGAAAAAAAACUAAAUUAAGUAAAAUCACAAAAAUAAAAGAGAGAUAAAGUAAAAAAUUUGAAAUCAAAAUAAAAAUGAAUUACUGCUUUAAAGGAAUAAUUCAAAAAAAAAAUUCCUAAUUUCAAAACACCAAAAUUUCCGAUAAUUAUGUAGUCUCUAUUCCUUUUCUAAAAAUUAAUAUGUAAGUUUUCCAAGUUAAUGAAAAGACACUGAAUAGUCCAGUCCUUGCAGAGAUGUCACAGUAGUAGACAUGUCACAGUAGUAGUUCAGUUCGGAGAUAUAGAAAUGCCCAUAAGAUUUACCGUUAGAGUAGUCCAUAUGGUAAAUGUGAUAGGAAAGGCGAAAAAGGUGGAAAAGUUUUUUAUUUUAUAGUUGAAAAGUUAUGACUGGAAAAUGAUUUUACCUACUUAUAUAUUUUUUGUUUGACCAAAAAUUUUAGAAUUUACUAAAACCUAAUGAUCUGGAAAUCUUAUGAAACAUUUCUUAAUUUAAAUAUAUAAGUUUUGGAGAAACACAACUAAUUUUUUAUAGGAAAAAAAACUAAAUUAAGUAAAAUCACAAAAAUAAAAGAGAGAUAAAGUAAAAAUUUGAAAUCAAAAUAAAAAUUAAUUACUGUUUUAAAGGAAUAAUUCAAAAAACAAAUUCCUAAUUUCAAAACACCAAAAUUUCCGAUAAUUAUGUAGUCUCUAUUCAUUUUCUAAAAAUUAAUAUGUAAGUUUUCCAAGUUAAUGAAAAGACACUGAAUAGUCCAGUCCUUGCAGAGAUGUCACAAUAGUAGAGAUGUCACAGUAGUAGUCCAGUUCGGAGAUACAGAAAUGCCCAUAAGACUUACCAUUAGAAUAGUCCAUAUGGUGUUUGCCCAAAAAAAAAAGAAUAGUCCAUAUGGUAAAUGUGAUAGGAAAAGCGAAAAAGGUGGAAAAGUUUUUUAUUUUAUAGUUGAAAAGUUAUGACUGGAAAAUGAUUUUAUCUACUUAUAGUUUUUUUGUUUGACCAAAAAAUUUAGAAUUUACUAAAACCUAAUGAUCUGGCAAUCUUAUGAAACAUUUCUUAAGUUAAAUAUAUAAGUUUUGGAGAAACAUAACUAAUUUUUUAUAGGAAAAAAAAAUUAAGUAAAAUCAAAAAAAUAAAAGAGAGAUAAAGUAAAAAUUUGAAAUCAAAAUAAAAUUAAUUACUGUUUCAAAGGAAUAAUUCAAAAAAAAUUUCCUAAUUUCAAAACACCAAAAUUUCCGAUAAUUAUGUAGUCUCUAUUCAUUUUCUAAAAAUUAAUAUGUAAGUUUUCCAAGUUAAUGAAAAGACACUGAAUAGUCCAGUCCUUGCAGAGAUGUCACAGUAGUAGUCCAGUUCGGAGAUAUAGAAAUGCCCAUAAGAUUUACCGUUAGAGUAGUCCAUAUGGUAAAUGUGAUAGGAAAAGCGAAAAAGGUGGAAAAGUUGUUUUUUUUAUAGUUGAAAAGUUAUGACUGGAAAAUAAUUUUACCUACUUAUAGCUUUUUUGUUUGACCAAAAAAUUUAGAAUUUACUAAAACCUAAUGAUCUGGAAAUCUUAUGAAACAUUUCUUAAUUUAAAUAUAUAAGUUUUGGAGAAACACAACUAUUUUUUUAUAGGAAAAAAAACUAAAUUAAGUAAAAUCACAGAAAUAAAAGAGAGAUAAAGUAAAAAUUUGAAAUCAAAAUAAAAAUGAAUUACUGCUUUAAAGGAACAAUUCAAAAAAAAUAUUCCUAAUUUCAAAACACCAAAAUUUCCGAUAAUUAUGUAGUCUCUAUUCCUUUUCUAAAAAUUAAUAUGUAAGUUUUCCAAGUUAAUGAAAAGACACUGAAUAGUCCAGUCCUUGCAGAGAUGUCACAGUAGUAGUCGAGUUCGGAGAUAUAGAAAUGCCCAUAAGAUUUACCGUUAGAGUAGUCCAUAUGGUAAAUGUGAUAGGAAAAGCGAAAAAGGUGGAAAAGUUUUUUAUUUUAUAGUUGAAAAGUUAUGACUGGAAAAUGAUUUUACCUACUUAUAUAUUUUUUGUUUGACCAAAAAUUUUAGAAUUUACUAAAACCUAAUGAUCUGGAAAUCUUAUGAAAAUUUUUAAUUUAAAUAUAUAAGUUUUGGAGAAACACAACUAAUUUUUUAUAGGAAAAAAACUAAAUUAAGUAAAAUCACAAAAAUAAAAGAGAGAUAAAGUAAAAAUUGAAAUCAAAAUAAAAAUUAAUUACUGUUUUAAAGGAAUAAUUCAAAAAAAAAUUCCUAAUUUCAAAA